UCGUCAUCCUCUUCACCAUCCACCAUCACAACCCACAACCCGGGUCGUUUUUUUCUUUUCGUUUUCCUUUCUUUCUCCGCCGUCGACCGGCGUUUACCUUCCGAAACAGCUAGGCUAGUCCUGCUCACUAUUUGGUUUUCGACAAUAAUACAGCGCUAGUCGCUUUCACAUCUUACCACCACACUCCCUCUCACUUAACCCGACGACGACAAACCGCUAGACGGACGACGGUCUUUUUUUCCCAUUUACCAGAUCUUCAAAACACACACUCAACACAACAAAAAUGCAUUUCCCCAACCUCCUCCUCGCCGGGCUCGCCACCCUCUCGACAACCGUCACCGCCCAAAAAACCCACGUCGUCUCCGUUGGCUACAACGGCACUCUCGUCUACUCCCCCAACAAGAUCUCCGCCCAGCCCGGCGAAGCAAUCCAGUUCCAAUUCGUGGCCGGCAACCACACCGUCACGCAAUCGACCUUCGACGCUCCCUGCCAACCUAUUGCUUCGCAUAGCAAUGUCACGGGGAUACACUCGGGGUUCAUGCCUGCCGCAGCAGAUAAGAAGAACUCUAGUGUGCCGGUGUACACGGUGAUUGUGAAGAACAAGAACCCGAUGUGGCUGUAUUGUGCCCAGGGGAAGCAUUGUCAGGCGGGCAUGGUGAUGGUUGUUAAUGAGAACACAUCCGCCAACGGUACCAAGUCACUGGAGAACUACAAGGCCAUCGCGAAGAAGGCUACCACCGCCGUCCCCGCCGGUACUGGCAGCGGUUCUGGCUCAGGCUCUGGCUCAGGCUCUGGUUCCGGUUCCGGUUCUGGUUCCGGUUCCGGCAGUGACUCCGGCUCGGGCUCGGGCACUGGCUCUGGCUCUGGUUCCGGCUCUGGCUCUGGUUCCGGUUCCGGCUCUGGUUCCGGUUCUGGCUCUGGUUCCGGUUCUGGCUCUGGUUCCGGUUCUGGUUCCGGUUCCGAUUCUGGUUCCGGUUCUGGUUCCGGUUCUGGCUCUGGCUCUGGUUCCGGUUCUGGUUCCGGUUCUAGUUCCGGCUCUGGCUCUGGUUCCGGUUCUGGUUCUGGUUCUACCAACGGCACCACCACCACCCCGUCCAACUCGACUAUCCCCAGCGGUUCUUCGACUGCUGUGCCGGUGACUGCUGGUGCGGGUAUGCUCUCUGCUGCUGGAGCUACGAGCAUGUUCGCGCUUGUGGCUGGUGGUGCUGUUGCUUUCUUGUUCCUCUGAUUCACGAAAGUGGAGGGAAAGGAGAAGCUGAGUGGUAGAUUCAUACCGGAGUUGGAGUGUACGAUGUUAAAGAAGGGCGUUUUCUUCGUUGUCGGCGUGCUGGCUCCUGUUUCUGUUGUCAGCGACGUUGUUUUUUGGUUUAGAGCCGGGCACUAGACUAGGUUGCUGCGAGCAUAUGGCUUGGUUGGU